AAUCGCACUGCACGUGCGUUUUGAAACUAAACAACAAACCAAAUUGUUGUUAGAUUAGCCUACUGCCUUGAGCGAUCCCUCCAAGCAUGGGAAAUAAAAAGGGAUUUAACGCCAAAGCGCGACAAAAUCCGCAAACCAUUGUGGAUAAUUCCGCCGCCAAGAGUAUACAAAUUGAUGCGGACAGUGUAGGAGCCACUGGCGCUGGCUAUGAUGAGGCCAAUCCAUUGGUAUUGCCAUCCGAGAAGCGUGCGACCAAAAUCAAAGUGGAUAAACGACAAACCGUGAAGAUUCUGUCCAAGAAACAACGCAAACAUCUCCAAUCUAUUGUUGAUAAAAAGAAGAAAAAGGAAGGUCGAGCAAAGCUUCUGGGUGACUUGGCUGCUGUACAAAUUGCCAAUGAGGAACUGCAGCAAUACACAUCCAUUAGCCAAGCCCAGACGGUGGGUUUAAAACGUUUGCACACACUUGAUGAGUAUUUGGCAAGGAAAAAGGAGCGGCAAGCUCAAGCUGCGGAAUCUAAGAGCACAAGUUCAGGUGCUCGUUUGAAUAUCAUCAAAGGAGCAGCCAAGCGAAAGCUUCUUAUUGAAGAAGAGGAGGACAUUGAGGCCAAGAGAAAGAAUCCCAAUGUAAUCAGCAUUGAGGAGAAUGAUGAAUCCUCAGAUGAUGAUGAUGGCGAAUCCUCGGAUGAAGACGUUCCACAAGCUACAGAGAAGAAUCCAGAAGAAACGAACAAAAUAGUUGCUGUCCCACCGGCUUCCGUUCCUAUAGCUGCAGUUGCUGCAACUAAGCCAAUUGCCACACCUGCUGCACCCGUGUCCACGCAUCGUACGGUUUAUGUACAAGUUGAUCGAUCGGACGAAGUGCAGGCUGCUCGAUUACGCCUGCCCAUACUCGCCGAAGAGCAGACAGUCAUGGAGACAAUUAACGAGAAUCCCAUUGUGAUUGUGGCUGGUGAGACGGGUUCCGGCAAGACCACGCAGAUACCACAGUUCCUUUAUGAAGCCGGCUACGCACAGCACAAGAUGAUCGGCAUUACGGAGCCGCGACGUGUAGCUGCCAUUGCCAUGUCCAAGCGAGUGGGCCACGAAAUGAAUCUAUCCUCGCGUGAGGUAUCCUAUCUUAUACGUUUCGAGGGCAAUGUGACACCAGCCACACGUAUUAAAUUCAUGACCGACGGUGUUCUGCUCAAAGAGAUCGAAAGCGAUUUUCUUCUCUCCAAGUAUUCGGUAAUCAUAUUGGAUGAGGCUCACGAGCGAAGCGUCUACACUGACAUCCUGGUGGGAUUACUGUCACGUAUUGUGCCAUUGCGUAACAAACGCGGCAAUCCACUCAAGCUAAUUAUUAUGUCGGCCACGCUGCGCGUUUCCGACUUUACUGAAAAUACACGACUUUUCAAGGAGCCACCGCCCCUGAUAAAAGUGGAAGCACGUCAGUAUCCUGUCACCAUUCACUUCCAGAAACGCACACCAGACGACUAUGUGGCGGAGGCGUAUCGUAAAACUGUCAAAAUUCACACCCAACUGCCAGAGGGAGGCAUUUUGUUAUUUGUCACGGGCCAACAGGAGGUUAAUCAAUUGGUACGAAAACUUAGACGAACAUUUCCCUAUCAUAAAUCCUCAGCCAAAAGUGAAGAGGAGAAGCCACAAGAUGAAACAAGUGCGCCUAAGGAGCAGGAGCAGGAAGUUGAGCAAAAUGGAGAUCCCAAAGAGUUGGAGUUUGAUAUGAAGCGUGUAAUACGCAAUAUACGUAAAACCAAAAAGAAAUUUGUCACACAAAUCUCCCUGCCUCGUAUCAAUUUGGAUGACUACAAGUUGCCUGGCGAUGACACCGAGGCCGAUAUGCAUGAUGCAGCGCUCGAAGGGGACUCUGAUCUCGACGAUGAGGCGGAUGAGGAUGAGGAUGAGGAGGUGGGCGAACAAUUGGCUGCCGCUGCUGCCUCUGGUACAACAUCCCAACCUCUUUGGGUGCUACCGCUUUAUUCGCUGCUGUCGUCGGAGAAACAGAAUCGAAUUUUCCAACCAGUACCGGAAGGUUGUCGUCUGUGCGUGGUUAGCACGAAUGUGGCGGAGACCUCCCUUACCAUUCCCCAUAUUAAAUAUGUUGUGGACUCGGGUCGCCAAAAGACUCGUCUCUAUGACAAAUUGACCGGCGUCAGUGCUUUUGUGGUCACCUACACAUCUAAGGCGUCCGCCGAUCAAAGAUCUGGUCGUGCUGGUCGUAUCAGUGCCGGCCAUUGCUAUCGCCUGUACUCCAGUGCGGUUUAUAAUGAUCUCUUUGAGGAUUUCAGUCAGCCGGAUAUACAACAGAAGCCAGUUGAUGAUCUUAUGCUACAGAUGCGCUGCAUGGGUAUCGAUCGUGUCGUGCACUUUCCCUUCCCGACGCCACCAGACAGUGAGCAAUUGCAAGCUGCCGAGCAUCGUCUCUGUGUACUGGGCGCUCUUGAGGCAAGCAGCACCAGCACCAGCAGUAGUAGUAGUAGUAGUAGUGCCUCGGCUAAGGAUCUCCCACCGGCGGUCACACAAUUGGGCAAGGUAAUCUCUCGGUUUCCGGUAGCACCGCGCUUUGGCAAAAUGCUAGCUCUUUCCCAUCAGCAGCAAUUGCUACCAUAUACAGUGUGCCUGGUGGCUGCCCUCUCCGUUCAAGAGGUACUCGUCGAAACUGGCGUACAGCGCACAGAUGAUGUGGGGCCUUCAUCAAAUAAGUUCCAUCAGAAACGUCAGAGCUGGGCAGCCACUGGAAACUAUCAAUUACUCGGUGAUCCUAUGGUCUUGAUGCGGGCGGUCGGCGCCGCCGAAUAUGCUGGCACUCAGGGUAAACUCGAUGAGUUUUGCCUAACAAAUGGACUUCGACCUAAGGCGAUCAGUGAGGUGCGCAAGCUACGCGUCCAACUGACCAACGAAAUCAAUCUGAACGUCAGCGAUGUCGAUUUGGGUGUAGAUCCCCAACUGAAACCACCAACCGAUGCUCAAGCUCGGUUUCUAAGGCAGAUUCUGCUAGCCGGUAUGGGAGAUCGUGUUGCACGCAAGAUACCUCUAACCGAUAUCGCCGACAAAGAGGAACGUCGUCGUCUCAAGUAUGCAUACAAUUGUGCCGACAUGGAGGAGCCAGCUUUCCUGCAUGCCUCCUCGGUGCUAAAGCAGAAGGCACCCGAAUGGAUUAUCUACCAGGAGGCCUACGAGCUGCAAAAUGGUGACUCUAGCAAAUUAUUUAUACGCGGCAUAACAGCCAUUGAGCCCGAGUGGUUGCUUCUCUAUGUUCCGCUAUUGUGCAAUGUGAGGCAAGUGCGUGAGGAUCCAGCUCCGCGCUAUGAUCCGUCUAGUGGUAAAAUCUUUUGCUAUGUGGACGCCACCUUUGGCAAAGCCGGCUGGGAGCUGCCACUGGGCGAGGUGGAAAUGCCGCUAAGUGAAAAGUCAUGCUGUUACUUUGGCAUGUUCCUGCUUGAUGGUCGAGUUUGUCCCAAAUUGGGCAAUUUUAAACCCAAAUUGAAGUCUACUCCCUCAUCAAUAACCAAAUCUUGGUCCAAUAUGAAUGACAAAGUUCUGCGAUUUAAGCGAGCUUUGAUUAAUAAACAAAUUAGUUCACGUGAGGCCUUAAGCAAACAAUGGGAAAGUGAACCCAAUUUUUUGCUGGAAGAAUAUCACGGAUUGUUGUACGAUGUGGCGCUUAGUGAAUUGACAACCAUUUGGCCACCACCAGCGACAAAAGUCAACUAAUUGCCAAAAUGGAUAUCGAAUUUUCUAUUCAGACAACAGAAAAGAAAAUUUGGUAAUCAAGUUAUUUAGAUCAUGAUUGGCAGCGAGCAAAAAUACUUGUUCAAAGGAUCGUUUUUGUAUAACAAGUUUCGUUAAAUGUUUAUUGUAAUUGAUAUAUGUAUAAUAAUAAUGUAUAUUAUAAAUAUUGAAUUUUUGAAACAAACUAAAAACAAUCUAAAAAAAAAUUUAAUUAAAAAGAAA